AUGCCAAACACCACACCAGGCUCGUCUUUUGGCCAAAGCCUUCAGUUUAUUACCGAAAUAAAGCUUCAAGAACUCGAAAAGCAACGGCUCGCAUACCAGGCCCACGCCAAAGUUCUUGAACAGGCGAAAGCUCUCGGCGACAGCGGAAAACUCCUGGAGAAGGUCGAAAUCCUUGCUAAAGCGGUGAAAUCGUGGAAAGGGUCAGGAGAAGUGAAACAGCACUCGCCAAUUGUGGGCGGCAAACUUCAGCUAAAAAACUUGGAAUAUUGGAUCCAACAAGCGAAAUACGACCCCAACUUCAAUCCAAAAAUUGUCGAGGGAUGGGCAGAAACGCUCGAGGAUCACAUCCGACAUACAGUUAUGCGCUUCGACUCAGCUAAGCUAUUUGGUAGCUUGUUUAACGAGUGGUUGGCCAGUGGAGAUUCUGCUACUGUCUCUUAUCAAGGACUCUCUGAAAACCAAUCAGAAUUCGUGGAGGUUGGGAGGAAGGAAAUGUACGACCAGAAGGAAAAGUUGAUGUCAAUUGUUUUUGACGACUAUCCAACGCCAGUCACUGAACUCAGUGCAUAUCUGGAGCAACUGUUUAGCUCAGAAGAGGCGAAGAAAGUCUUAGCUGGUUUAAGGAGGGACCUCAAGGACUUUGGGGCAACACUUCAACGCAAAACCAUUACCCCCCAGGAUGUGCGGAAUGCGAUUUCUGGCUUGCUUGCUACUGGACUUAUGGAUGAGGAAAAGCGAACGACCUUGAGAGCCUUCGAAGAGAACUCGACAGUAUUGAAUGAGGUCACCAGUGUUCUUAAUAUGCGGAUGGCUAGCCUUGACACUUGGGCAUGGCCCAAAGAAGGCAUUCUUGUUGAGUUCCGUCGUCACUUUAAUGGAAAAUAUAGAGCCUUCACUGACCCUGAAAUCAUGGAUGCACUUCUGCUUCAUCACCUCGGAGUUUCCUGGCAAGUGAAACUCAAAGGCUGCCUAACUCGUCUAUUCAGCAGUAAAGCCUGGAUACGACCCGCUUCUCCCAAACAAGACGAGAAAAAGAGGCGCGCAGAUCAACUCCGAGAUUCAAACGGUGGAUCUCAAGAACCACGUUCUAUUGACGUCGAGCGAGAAAAUAACCAACACACCAUGUUCUUUGUAACUCAGUUGCAAGAAACAAGCAACCAGCCAAAGCCUUACGACGACACUGGGGAUUCGGGUCAACAACGAACGGAACCCUCACGUAUGAGCGGAGCGCAAAUAAAACAGAAGUUAUUGCAUAUUAUAACGACGGAGACGUAUCUUAAUACGGCGCUUCAUGGAACUCAUGCUAUCCUUUGCUCAGACUUGGAGUGGUUUGGACCUUCCUUGCCGCAUACUUCCAUCCUAACUGUUCUCGAGUUCAUGGGCCUUCCAAAAACCUGGUUAUCGUUCUUACAAGCUUUCCUAUCUGCGCCUAUUCGCUUCCAUGGUGAAGAUGAACCGCGUACUCGCAAACGUGGGACCCCUAUUGGAUAUGCAUUCAGCGUAUUUUGUGGCGAGGCCGUUAUCUUCAUUAUGGAUUUUGCUGUUAACCAGUGUGCCGAUGGACUUUUUCUGCAUCGUAUGCACGACGACCUAUGGCUCUGGGAUGCCAGCGCUGAAAAGGUGGCCCGUGGGUGGGCAGAGAUGAACAAAUACGCACGGCUGGUCGGGCUCAAAUUUAAUGAUACGAAAACAGGGUCGGCUUACGUUGGCCCUCCAGAGGAUGCUUCUGGUCUGCCGAAAGGCGAUAUUCGUUGGGGUUUCCUAGUUUUCGAUCCAAAGGAAUCACGAUUUGUCCUUAACCAAGAAGAGAUCAACAAGAAUAUCGUUGAGAUGCGCCGACAACUUACGAGCACCAAGUCUGUUUUUGGCUGGGUCAACACUUAUAACAAGUAUAUGUCUUAUAUCCUAAGGAACUUGGGUGGUAUUCCUGCUAAUUGCUUCGGGCAAGCUCACAUUGGUGACGUCAUCGGCGUUCUGAUUCGUAUUCAACGAGAGCUCUUCAGCGACGGAAGUGGAAGUGCGGUUGGUUAUCUUCGAAAAACUAUUCAAGAACGAUUUGGAGUGGCAGACCUUCCUGAAGGCUACUUUUAUUUUCCUAUUGGCAGUGGAGGCCUUGAACUUCGCAACCCAUUAUUGGAGCUACUUUCCCUACAAAGACAUGGAAAGCCCCUCGUAUCACACGGAGACCAAGAUGAAUUUGAUGCUAGAGGGCGCCACCGAAAUCCUGACGAUGAUGACGCCGCUGCAGCUUCUCCCGAAGUAUUCUUCGAGCAUACAGCAAUUGCUGACCAGAAAUUCAAGAAGCGCAUCGAGCACGACCGGAAGCUUUACGCUCAUCUAAAAAAUGUCUGGGAGAAGGAUCGCGAGUAUCGAAAGGGGAAGAAAGGUGUUAGUCAAGAAUUCAUGUCUUUCGAAGAAUACAUUUCUCUCCGUGAGUCCUGGCUUACAGAGUGGGGCAACUCAUAUCGCGACAUGUUGGAGUUGCCGAAAAGGUGUUCUGUGGAGUUAGUACCGAAGGUCAAGGAGGCGCUUGUGCAAACGUCAAAAUCCUGGGUCUUUAUGGAAUGGCAUGAGCAAUGGGUGGUCAGUAUGUAUGGUGAUGAAGUUGUGAAAAGGUUUGGGGGCCUUGACGUCGUGGAUCCCGAUUUGAUUCCUGUUGGGAUGGUGCAGUUGUUUAGAACUUCGAGAAUUAAACUAGACCAGUAG